AGAGAGCGAGGAGGCGUCGGGAGCGCGCUUUCCGUGUCUGUUUAAGUGGACUGACAGCCAGCUGUGCGGUUACAACAACAACAACCUCCCGCAUUUGCUUCACGCGUCUUGAUUGGUGUCGCUCCCCCGGCGGACCGUGGUCGUGUUGCUUCCAGCCAGCCUCCGCGGCGAGGACUCGACAGCAGCCCGUUUCAUCCCCGGUUUGAGCGCUACAGCCUCCCUCCAACAUGAAUCCUCCGUGUAACAGAUGUGGACGAACCGUAUACCCCACGGAAAAAGUCAACUGUCUGGACAAGAUUUGGCAUAAAGGAUGCUUCAGCUGCGAGACCUGCAAAAUGACCCUGAACAUGAAGAAUUACAAAGGCUUCAACAAGACACCGUACUGCAAUGCACACUACCCCAAGACAAACUUCACCGUUGUGGCUGACACUCUAGAGAACCUGCGCCUGAAAAAGCAGAGCCUGGUGCAGAGCCAGGUUCACUACAAGGAGGAAUUUGAGAAGAGUAAGGGCAAAGCCUUCAGCGCCGUCGCAGACACACCGGAGAUGAAAAGAUUUAUGAAAACGCAGAUGCAAGUCAGCGACAUUAAAUACCAACAAAAGAACAAGACUGGGAUGACUGCACCUUCUGAAGGCCACCUCAUCAACCCCGGCCCGUCCAGCCAAGCAGCUCCAGAGAUGAACCCCGCUCCCCAGCCGAUGGCCGACCCCGUCGCUCCGCCCAGCGGGAAGCGGUACCGGGCGGUGUACGACUACACCGCCGCCGACGAAGACGAGGUGUCCUUCCUGGACGGAGACGUGAUCAUCGACGCGCAGCAGAUCGACGAGGGCUGGAUGUACGGCCGCGUGGAGCGCACCGGCCAGGGCGGCAUGCUGCCCGCCAACUACGUGGAGGCCAUCUGAGUGAGGGGGAGGCAGGGAGAAGAAGAAAAAGAAGAGGUAGAUAAAGGGAGGGAAAGAAGGAAAGGAAAAGCCCAGUGCCAUCUCAUCUUAACGCCGCUUUCUCUUAAUUUUACUCUUGUUCCCCGAUCUGUCCUGUGAGACCCUGAACCCCCCCCCCCUCCCCCCUCCCUCUCUUGUGCAUCCCCGCUCUGCUCUCACCUGUCCGUCAAUCACAGACUCAUCCAUCCGUCUGUCUCUGUCCGUGCUGAGGUCUGUCUCCGUCUGUCCGUCUUCUCGUCGCGGUGGGGAAAAAAAAAAAAAAAAGUCAUGAAAUCAAGUCCUAGCUCAGCGCCGCAUGCGAGGAGUCCCGCCGCGUCACACAGCGCCAUGUUAGCCGUAGCACUUAGCAACACGCGUCAGAAAAAAGAAACCGCUUCAGGAAAAAAAAGAAGAAAAAAAAAAAUCGUCCCACAUGUUGUGUGUGUGUGUUAUUUUUGAUUUUAGCAGCUUGGAUCUUUGGCCAGACUGGAAACACAGUGAAAAAUCUCAGACAUAAGCAGAUAUAAGCUUAUAUUUUCAACUUGCGUACAUUCCUUUAACCUCUUGCCCUGUUGCACCAAUCAGCCAGCUAUCAGUCUUAACAGAGUGGUUGUUUUUAAUAUAUUUAUGGGACGCCCGGGCGCCUGGCCUGCACGUCGCGCUCGCUCACUGUAGUGAAACUGGAACGGUAGCCGAACCGGAAAGCGCCGCCGCCGCUGCCGCCGCCUCCUCGCCAUCGCCAUCGCCUCUUCUCGGGCAGCUCGGCUCCAGGAGGAAUCAGGGACACGUUGGGGGACAUGAGCAGUCUUAUCUGUUACAGCCACUCGCUGAACUCUCCCCUCUCAGCUGGUGUGUGUGUGUGUGUGUAUGUAUGUGUGUAUGUAAAUGUGUGUGUAUAGUUCACACACCCUCAGUGAGGCGUUUGCAGCCUGAAUGCCUUCAGUCCCGAGAGAAGAAGAAAUAAAUGGUGUAAAGUAACCGGCUCUUCCCCCUUUGCUACAAAAUCAUCAAAGAAAACACAUUUAUAAAAGAGAAGGCCAAGCACAACUAUAUAUUGUAAAUUUCCUCUUUGGUUUUAAACGUAUUCCAUCGCUUUUGUGAGAGAACAUUCCGGUCUUUCUUUUUUUCAUUUAAUGUGAGAGAAACUGUUGUGGUAAAUGUUGUCAUUUCCUCAUGCUUUUCUUCCACUGUUUUUUUCCUUCUUGUUAUUAUAAGAUGCUUAUUUUCAAAAACGGAAAAAAAAAAAAAAAAAUAGCCGGUGUAUUGAAAUGAAUCAACCAGCAGCCUAAUUUGUUGAAAAGAGAAAACAGAAUUGUCGUGGAAAUGGACGCCGUUGCGGGAUUGGGUCAGUAGUGGGAUUGACUAACUUGCAGUUUCAGGUCCGAACUUUACUCACUGCUCGUUGUUGGACGGUUCUGAUCAGUGGAUCUUUCUGUUCUGUCGUUUAUUACUCCGUAGCAUUUAUCACGCGGUCAUAAUAACGUCGGCAAAAGCAGGCCUGUCACCUUGCAAGGGUCCAUCCGGCAGGUAAAUCCCGCAAUCCACUCAACCAGUGAGCAGCAUGGGCAGUGUUCAGGAGCUGCUGGUCGCUGUGGGUUCACAUAAAACCAAAAAAAAAAAAAAAAUCAAGAAAAAAGCAUUUAUGUUGCUGGUUAUAUUCCUCUGUUGAUCCUGUACAAAAAGUCUUUACUAAUUCUAAUCUCUCUGCUGUGUAAAUAAUGUCUCUAAAACACCUCUUGCCCCCCCGUCUCUCUCGUGUCCUCCUUCUGUGAUGCAGACGUGAGCGACCGGGGGGCGAGGCAUUGCCAGCUUUAUCGAACGAGACGAUGCUGUCACUAUGUAGCUAGAUGACAUUGUACAAUUGUAUAUGUAUCCUAAAGGUGAGUCGGGAAGAGUUUCUACAGGUCAUGGUGCUCUGGGAAGUGGCUUGCCCGCAGAUUGAAUUUAAAAAAGAAGAAGCUGGUCAGUACUUUCUGUGAAUGUGGGGAUGUGAUGCGAGUUUCGAGGGUGGAGGGAGGAAGAUGGAGGGCUUUGCAGGAGGUGGUUGGUUGGUGUUAAAGAUGAAUGAACAUGAUGAAAACAGUCACUGAAUCAGAAAUGGAAGAAGAAGAAAAAAACAACCUCAGACAGAACCAAUGAACACACUGUACAGAAUAUUUGUGCUUUUUGCAUCAACUUCUACUGGACAACGGGAAAAGUGUAUUUGCGAAACACACACUUGGAUGGUGAAAGCUGUCUCGGAGCUGGCGUGUGUGUGUGGCGUUAAAGAGAUUGUUGUUCCUGGCUCAUGAUGGUGAAUUGCUCACGUUUUUUUAAUUUAACUGCGAAGCUCCUCGCUCCGGUGAACCUCUGCAGGUUGCACCCAGUCCGAAGUGGUGGUCUGGAUGAACGGCAGGCAGGAAGAAAAAUGGCAGCCCCGCUGUCUGAAGUGAGGCUCUGGAUGGGCCUGUUUGAGUGAGUGUGACGGGCCGGGGGAGGGGCGCCUUCCCCCUGCCCGCGAGGCAGGGCAAGUCGUUUGUCUGACCUGGAAAUCAGUGGGCUAGUUAACCUCUCUGGGCCAAAUAUCACUCGUCUGCUCCGGCGUCACUACUGAACCGUACCGUCAUAUCAUAACCACGCUUCCGCUCAGUCUCUGUAUCUUACCCAUCCGCCCGCCCGCUCGCCGCGCCCGCCGCGCCCGCCUCCCUCUUCCCUUCAGCCUUCAUCGUAAAAGCUCCCGUGCUUCUGAUGAAUCAUUCCCUGCUUCUAUGAUAUAUUCUGUAGACUUCGCAGAGUCAAGUCAUGUAAUCCACAAAUGCAACUUUUAGCGUUUUCAGACCAGUUUUGUGCAUUCCAUCUUAAAUCGUUUUGUUUUUUUGUUAUUUUGUUAUUUUUAAUG